AUGACUUCAACGCCGAAAAAGACAAGGUUAUCACGUUCAGCUCGUGCCGGUAUCAUCUUCCCAGUAGCACGUAUUCAUCGUCAUCUUAAAGCGUGUCCGACUGCUCCGAAACGCAUAACACAAGGUGCAUCCGUUUAUUUAGCAUCUGUUCUUGAAUAUCUUGUUGCUGAACUCCUUGAAUUAAGUGGUAAUGCUGCACGAGAUUGUCAGCGUAGUCGUAUUAUACCAAGACAUAUUCUACUUGCCUAUGCCAAUGAUGGGGAAUUAUUUAAACUACUGCGCCAUUGUGUAGUUCCUGAAGGUGGAAUUCUUCCAAAUAUUCAUCUAGCUUUUCUUGAUAAAAAUCAAGAUGAUUCAUCACUGCCUAACACAUCAAUAUCGCGAGAAAAGAAGAAGAAGAAGAAGACUGCAUCAUCAACUGCUACUAAUGUCAAGAUAAAUAUUCGUAAGCCAACCUUAGCUAAAAAAGGCCAAGGAAGUUUUAGUGUAACUGGUACACCAACAACAAAGGCCGCUGCGCUCAAAGGUACUGCAGUAACAACACUUUCUGAGCGUGUUCUUGUUCGUGGACAAAAAUUGACUGUUGUACAAGGAAGUAUUGUUAAUAUUAAAGCCGAUGCUAUUGUUCAUCCAACAAAUGCUUCAUUUUAUAUGGGUGGUGAUGUUGGCAAGGCUUUGGCUAGCACAGGAGGACAAGAACUUCGAAAUGCUGUCGCUGACGCAGCUAAAAAUGCAACAUUAAUAAAUUCCGGUGAUGUUACUGUUAGUGCUGCACCGAAUUUAUCUGCAUCACAUUUAAUUCAUGUUCACUCACCAAACUGGAAUGCUGCAACACAAGAUGCAUGCAUUGGUGAACUUGAUCAAGCUAUUUUAAAUAUUUUAAAUUUAGCUGAUCAGCAAGGCUUUACGUCCAUUGCUUUGCCUAGUAUUAGUAGUGGACGUGCUGGUUUUCCAAAGCAAACGGCUGCACAAACAAUUCUUGCUGCGCUAUCGAAAUUUUUUCGGCAAACAACGACAACAAGUCUUCAACAAGUAUGUUUCGUUUUAUACGAUCCUGAAAGUGUUACUGUCUAUACAACUGAACUUCAACGUAUGGUUGAAUAG